UAGGACAUUUUCACAAAUAGAUCUGCAUGCGGGUUCAAACUUUUGUUAACUUCUAUGUAUAAUCUCGGCAAGCAUUCACUUCACAUGGAAACUUUGCAUAUUAUAUAUUUGAUAUGGCUAAUCUGGUCCCUCCCCAUGUCAAAGAGACCUCUAUUGAAGUAAUGGAGCAAUAUGCAAAAGAAUUACUUUCAAAGGGUUUAUUGCAGAGUGAAGAUCUGUACCGGUAUAUCUUGGAGACGAGUGUGUACCCACGUGAACCAGAACCUCUGAAGGAGCUAAGGCAUGUCACUGCUGGCCACCCUCGUGCUAGGUUUGCUACUUCACCGGAUGCAGGUCAGUUGGUGGCUAUGCUGUUGAAGUUGGUGAAUGCGAAAAAGACUAUUGAAGUUGGCGUUUUCAUAGGAUACUCUCUUCUCCUGACUGCUCUUACAAUUCUAGAGGAUGGCAAGAUCAUAGCCAUAGAUGUAAAUCGGGAGACAUUUGAAAUUGGAUUGCCAAUUAUUAAGAAAGCUGGUGUUGCAGAUAAAAUUGAUUUCAUUGAGUCCGAGGCUUUACCAGCUCUUGAUCAAUUAUUACAAAAUCCUGAGAAUGAAGGGAGUUUUGACUUUGCUUUUGUUGAUGCGGACACGGGUAAUUAUUGGAACUACAAUGAGAGAAUCAUGAAACUACUGAAAGUGGGUGGGGUGGUUGUCUACGAUAACACACUCUGCCAGAGAUUUAUAUUGGUUUUAUAUUGA